GCCCCUUAAUAUCGAAAACGGCAAAACGCGAAGCAUCGAGCAAACACGUCGUCGUUCUUUCCCUCGUACAGAACAAUGGCUCUAAUGGGGGAGGAGGGUCGGGGCUACGAACUGGCCAGAAAGCUUGAGACCUGCGGGGUGUGGCGCCCGUGGCUGGGUGACUCCAAAUACGCCGGCUUCGUCCAAUUCCUCGCCUCGCCUUCCUCAUGGGAAGCCUUCAUGCGGACCGACGAGUCCAAUUCUAGGGCUCAUAUCCAUCUCCAACUCCGGGUUCGAGCGCUCCUCUUCGACAAAGCCAACAUCUCUCUCUUCCUCCGCUCGAAUCCGUCGUCUUCUUCGUCUCUAGCGUCUUCUUCUAUUGCAGUUUCGAAGCUCAAUCCGAGUUCUGUUGUUGCAGAUUUGAGAUUGCGCGGUGAUGACGUUUACUUCACGUUGGAGAACUCUGCACAAGACGGGGCACAACAGCGGGAAGGUGGUGUUUCGUCCAAUACGGCGUCGUCAAAGAUUCAAUCAAGGGUCAGUUUCAGCGUUGGGUCAAGAUAUGGUGAAUCUGAGAUUGACAAUGUAUCACAGAGAUUUAGGAAUGAAGAACUGCCUGAAACAUGGUAUAACCAGUUCAUUGAGAAGUAUAGAGGUAGCAAACCAUAUAGGUUGUCAUCUGCAAACCAUGAAUUUGACAAACGUACACCUGAAGCGAUGUCUUCUUAUUUGAGACUUGUUGAGAAGCAUAAGAAAAGGCGUUUAGCAUUUAUGGAUGAUCACUUGUUGGAAAAUGCAUCAAACAUGCAUCCGAAUUCUGUCUUAAAUGGAAGUAAUUCAAUUGAAGAUGAUACACCUUUUUUCCCAGAGGUGAUGUUUACAUUGAACUGUGUACCUGACAGUGCACUCCCCCCUGCAGAGAGAGUGGAUGAAAACCGGAAAGUGGAGUUCUAUGGAGUUCUAGAUACCUUGCCUCAAGUUAUGACCAGGAGUCCUGUGAUGAUCGAGAGGCUUGGUAUCAGGCCUGAGUCCAUUAGUAUGGAACAAGGAGGAAGCUUAUAUAGUGGAAAACUAGGGUCGGAAGGGAACAGGAAAUGUCUUGGUCCAGAGCAAGCAUCACAAACGUCUCAAAAGGUAAUAGCAAACAUGUUGACAAGUGUGGGGUUUGGUGGUUCCUCGGAAGUUCCAAUGGAAGUCUUCUCUCAGUUGCUGAGCUCUCAUAUAUGUAAAUUGGGCCGGAUAUUGAAGGUCCUUGCUGAUAGUUACAGAAAGCAGUGUUCAGCUACUGAACUACUUAAGAUGUUCCUUAAAACAUUGGGAUAUAGUAAUGUAGGGUCUUUAGCAGAGCUGGUAAAGGAUGGCUCCAGGAAUUUUGUACAACAAACUCCGCAACAACAUCAGGGAAUCCAGCCGCAAUUGCAGUCACAGCACCAUAGUUCCCUUCUACUUCCCCAGCAAAUGCCUAGACAAAUGCAUCCACAGAUGCAGCAAAUUGUUGAUCCCCAGAAUCUGGCUUUUCAACAUCAGCAGCAGUUGGAUAGAAUGCGAAGAUGCCAACCAUCCACUCCUCGCCCUGUUAUGGAUAUGGAGCAAGACAAACCAAUGGUUCAAGUUAAGAUUGAAAACCCAGCAGAAUUACCAUUGGAUGGUAAUACCUUCAACUCUAUCAGUGCCAGGCAUGGCCAGAUACAGUUCCGGCCACAACAAAUUGCUGCAAUGCCAAAUCUCCAUGCUCAACCAGGCAGUCAACUUAGACAGAUCCCUUCCCUUCAAAUGCCCCAAAUCCAGACUCAGAACAUGGGCAUUGUUAGAACCCCACCAGUGAAGGUGGAGGGAUUUCAGGAAUUGAUGGGUGGGGAUGCUACAUCAAAGCAUGAUACAGAAAAAAAUAGGCUGAUGUCCCACUAAAGCAGAUAGCUUGGCAGGUAUAUUUAGGCAUUUACCAUCCACACGGGUGGGCUGUUCUGACCUUGCUCCUUACUGGUGGCCACUUAUGGUUGCUAAGCUCCAAGCUUCAUGAUAGCGAGUGGAAACAACCUAACUUAUGUCUUGGGUCCGCCCUUUUUGUUCUGUAAAUUAUCACUCAGAACUAAUUCAAUUUGUCUCCUAACCUUGAGCAUCAAGAUUGGGUAAUCGGAGUUGUAAUUAGAUUUCACUUGCGCCAUUCACAGUGUC